UCCACAUCCCCGCUUUAUCUAGCUGCGUCUCCCUGGCAGCCAUAGCCGGGCAGACCUCUCGAGUCCUCUCCUCUUCCUCUCAGCUCGUUCCUCUUCCGCCCGUUCCCACUCCCUCCUCGUCCGCUAGCCCUCCUCGUCGUCCAAGUUCGCUUCUCCUCGGCCACACUUGCUCCUGCCCUCUUUCCGCGCGUCAGCCGCGGAGGGGAGGGGAGUAGGGGACUCGGUGGCCGCGCGCCGCCAUGCAGCAGCAGCACCAGGACGGAGGAGGGUCCCAGUACGGGGUCGCGCCGCCGGACAUGGGCCCCUUCUCGCCGCCGGCGGCUUCCGGACCCAUGCUGCUGAGCAGCAGGCCCCCGUCGGCGCCGCAGCCGCAGCUGCAGCCGCAGCCGAGGGCAAGCUACGAAGAAUUGGCCGCGGUGUCGUCCGUCGCCGGCGCCGGCGCCGGUGGCGUCUUCGACGACGAGAUACUGGGCGGCGGCGGCGGCGAUGGGUCGUCCGGUGCGUCCAGCAAUCGGUGGCCACGGGAGGAGACGCAGGCGCUCAUCAGGAUUCGGUCGGAGAUGGACGCCACCUUCCGCGACGCCACGCUCAAGGGCCCCCUGUGGGAGGACGUCUCCAGGAAGCUUGCGGAUUUGGGCUACACGAGGAGCGCCAAGAAGUGCAAGGAGAAGUUUGAGAACGUGCACAAGUACUACAAGCGCACCAAGGAAGGCCGCGCGGGGAGGCAGGACGGCAAGAGCUACCGCUUCUUCGACGAGCUGGAGGCGCUGCAUGCGGCCGCGCUGCAGUCGCAGCAACAGCAACAACCACCGCAGCACCAGUUGCCGCAAGCAAGCACCGCCCCGCCGCUCCACGCCUUUGCGGCGCCAGUAUCCGCGCCGCAGCCGAUGAGAUCAAUGCCGCCGCCGCCGAUGCAGCCGGCGCCAAUAUCUUCGACGGCCCCGGCCCCGGCGCCGACGCCGGCGUCCAUGGAGAUGCCCUCGGCCGCCCAUCAGCCCCUUAACCUGCCAGGUUUCAGCUUCUCGUCCAUGUCCGACUCGGAGUCGGACGACGAGUCCGAGGACGACGACAUGACGGCGGAGACGGGCGGCAGCCAGGACCGCCUCGGCAAGCGGAAGCGCGGCGACGGCGGCGGCAGCAGCAGCAGCAAGAAGAUGAUGUCUUUCUUCGAGGGGCUUAUGCAGCAGGUCGUCGAGAGGCAGGAGGAGAUGCAGCGACGGUUCCUGGAGACCAUGGAGAAGCGGGAGGUGGAGCGCUCGUCGCGGGAGGAGGCAUGGCGCAGGCAGGAGGUCGCUCGCCUCAACCGCGAACAGGAGCAGCUAGCUCAUGAACGCGCCGCCGCGGCCUCCCGGGACGCUGCCAUCAUAGCCUUCAUCAAGCGCAUCGGCGGGCCGUCCGUGCAGCCACCUCCCGCCGUCGUCGUCCCAAUGUCAGUCCAGACCCCGCCACCGCCGAAGCAGCCUCCUCGACAGCAGCACCCACCUCCGCCGUCGCCGCAGGCCACGACACCGCAAUCAAAGCCAAUCUCAGCCGCGCCGCUCCAGCAGCAGCCGAAGGAAACGUCGCACCGGGACGCUGCUGGCACGCCACGCAGCGCGCCCCCGACCUCUGGCGCGUCACUGGAGCUGGUGCCCGUCGCGGAGCAGCACGUCGAUUCCGGUCUUGGAGGUGGAGACGGCGGGGCCGCAUCAUCCUCGCGGUGGCCGAAGACGGAGGUGCACGCCCUCAUCCAGCUCCGCGUGGACUUGGACAUGCGCUACCAGGAGACGGGUCCCAAGGGUCCGCUCUGGGAGGAGAUUUCUUCCGGUAUGCGGCGGCUGGGGUACAACCGGAGCUCGAAGCGGUGCAAGGAAAAGUGGGAGAACAUCAACAAGUACUACAAGAAGGUGAAGGAGAGCAACAAGAAGCGGCCCGAGGACUCCAAGACCUGCCCAUACUUCCACCAGCUCGAGGCCAUCUACAGCAGGAAGCACCUCCGCAGUAUCGCAGCCGCCGCCGCGUCCAAUGUCACCAUCGCCGCCGCCGCUCCUCCCGCCCUCCCUGAGCAGCCGAACCCGAGCCAGCUCGAAAUUGAGGGGAAGAACAUCAACGACGACAAGAGGAACAGCGGAGGAUCAGGCGGAGCCGCGCCGCAGGUGCCGGCCAGCAAUGGCGAUAAAGCGCCGACGACACCGGCCGCGUUCGACGCUGACAGCGGCUUGAAGAAGCCAGAAGACACCGUCAGGGAGCUGAACGAGCAUCCGCCCCGGGAGUUCACGACGGACGAGACGGACAGCGACGACAUGGGCGACGAGUACACCGACGACGGCGAGGAGGGUGAGGACGACGGCAAAAUGCAGUACAGGAUACAGUUCCAGAGGCCGACGAACCCGGGCGGCACCAACAGCGCGCCAGCACCGGCGACAACGCCGGCUGCCGCACCCGUGGUGCCGACCUCCGCUCCGGCGAGCACCUUCCUCGCCAUGGUUCAAUAGGCAGGAGAUCGAGAGCGCGCGCGUGGCCGGCACCUCCAUAAACCGUACGUAUAUGCUUUUCAAACCAAAAACCUGCAAGCAUCGCCAUCAGCGUAACUUCCACCUCCACACUACCAGUCCACCAAAGCACCAUCAGUCCAUCAACCAACUACACCACUGUUCUUUUUUUUUUUUGAAAAGAACACCACUGUUCUUGUUCAUCCUGUAAUUUUCCUUCUCCCCGUGCCAUUCCAUUAUUUAUUGAUUUGUUUCGGGUAAUUAAUAAGAGCCCCAUCCUGACGGCCCCUUAACCGGAGGACUGCAGAGUGGGGCUGCGGUGGUAGAGCAAACAGCGAGAGUCAGUUCCCUCACUAACUUAUUUAUAGGUCAUCGUCGAUCGUGUUAGACAAAAAUUGUAAAUCGAUGUAACAGUCAGUCCCUGAUGUUUUCCCUUUUUCCUUUUUACCCCUUUCCGAUGACGGCGGUAUACAAGUUUGUAUACGGGUAUACAAGAAUUACAUACAGUUCAAGCAACUUGCGCUUGCAGAGGUGAGGUGUUUUUUUGCCGUGGGGGUUUUACCUUUUGUCCUUCUUUUCUUUUACAGUGGAUAUAAAUCUUGUUACCUGUUACAGUGUACAUGGUGGUUUUAUUCCA